AUGGUUUUAAUAUAGAAAGGAUAAACUAACUUUAAUAUUUUAAAAUAGCUUAGAGUAAUCAAUAUUUUUGAAUUGUUUAAGAUAGAAAAAAUGAACCAACUUUAAUAUUUCAAAUUAGAAAGAUGUAAUAUUUUUGAAUAGUUUAAGAUAGAAAGAAAUCAUGUACUAACUUAAAUAUUCAAAAUAGAAUGUAAUAUUUU